GUGCGUAACACGGCCACACGCACUUGCAGCACAUCCGCUUCUUACAUCGUAUAAAUAUGAAGCAGAAAGCGUUACCCAGCCGCUUACCCAGUGCAGGUGGUUGGCGUCCUCUGUUCGUGGCCCCUCCCCAUGCUUGCCUCGCGAGCUUGCCGCGGCUUCCGUGGGCUUUGCCCGGACUCUUCUUACAACCCGGACUGUUUACCGACGGCGUUGGGUUUCGAGCGGGGAUUGCGUACAAACGUUUGGCUGUUGGCUUGGCCAUUCAGGCGCAUCAGCAGCUCUAGAAGCUAUUGGAUUGUCCUGGCGCUUGUCAACAACUGCUGAUGCAACGAACAACGCGUCCUUGGAGCUAGAUAAAGAUAUAGCCGGAGUAACUUUCUCUGCAAGUUACUCCCCUGUGCUAUCCUUUGUCUCAAGGCUGGAUUUCUGCACUUCGCAUACAGUACAUGUAAUAGUACUCGCAUCAUGGCUUUUUCUCCCAAGCUCCUCGCUGGCAAGGUCGGCAUCGUCACGGGGGCGGGAUCCCCCCACGGCAUCGGGCGGUCUCUGGUCCUUUCGCUCGCCGCGGCCGGCGCACGAGCCGUCUACGCCACGGACCUCACGCUGACCAACAUUCCCUCUCUGCAAGACGAGGUGCGGGCGGCGGGCUCGCCGUGCAAGGUCCACGGACAGGUGCUCGACGUGUCGUCGGAAGAGCAGACGAUCCACGUGGUCAAGAAGGCCAUUGCGGACCAUGGGCGGCUGGACUUUUACUUUGCCAACGCGGGCUUUGGGGGCUUCAGGGCGUUGCAGGAUACCAACGGCGCAUACUACGACCGCGUCCAAGCAGUGAUGCAACGAUCCUUCUUCCUCGCCAUCCGAUACGCCGGCCAGGGCAUGAGCAACCUAUCGGCGGAGAAGACGAAGCCGGGGGGCUCCAUCGUCGUCACAAGCUCAAUGGCUGGGGUUUCGGGAGGCGUCGCCGACAUCUCGUACGCGUCCGCCAAGGCCGCCGUGAGCCACAUGGUCAAGUCUGCGUCGGUGCACUUGUCGUCGACGCACGUGCGCGUCAACGCCAUGGCGCCGGGCUUCAUCCGGACGAGCAUCAUGGCGACGUCACCGGCGGCGGCCGAGGGCAGGACGGAGGAGCAGCAGACGGCAGCUCAGCCAACGACGACGAUGACGAUGACGAUGACGAUGGCAAGCAAGGAGCAGGCGCUGAAGCAGUUCGACGAGACGCUCGGGCGGCGGCAUGGCGGCGGCGGCGCGGGCAAGUCACCCUACUAUUACUACGACCGCAUCCCAGAACCGGACGAGGUGGCCAGCCUCGGCGUCUUCCUGGCGUCCGACCUGGCCGCCGCGGUCAACGGGCAGAACAUUGUGGCCGACUGCGGCAAGACGGCGGCGGCGUUUGGCGAGAGCAUCAUGGGCCCUGUGGCCUCGAUGACGCCCAUCUAGGUGUGCGCCGCCCAACUUUCGGUCAUCAUCUAUCGCGGGCUCAUUCGUUGAUGCGGUGAUGUGGACGCAGGAUUCGGGAGGAGGGGGGGCGUGCGUGCUUGAGGACGUACGUUGGUAGUAAAGUGUUACUUGAUGGAUUCGAAAGAAGACGUUCUUCGGAAUUUCGGGGAAGCGGCAGCAACGCUGGGAAAGUCCGAGGACCCAAAAUUCCUCGCUUAUUAGUGCGUGCUGCUGUACGACGAUGUUAUUGGCACUAACAAUGUCGCUGUAAUGCGUCCUGUCGUCAUCCACGCGGCGCAGCAAAGAGAAAGAGAGAGAGAGAGACACACACACACACAUGACUCGGGCCAUGUGUCGCGGGUAUCUCAUUCCAACGCCCCCCCGUCCAUGUCCAUGUUGCCGGCACGACGGACGGGCCUGGCCGAACACCGCCGGGGCCGCGGCCGCGGAUCAUGCGUUGACUCAGUCCGUCGGUGGCGCCCGGGACUGCCAACCGAAACAAGUACGUAGUACCAGUGUAAACUAGUACGUAACUCCGUCUGUGUUUUUGAACUUUUUGUAGGUCAUCUGAAACCGCCAUAUCAUAGCCGACGAGAGCCCGCAGAGGUAGUAAGUAGUAG